CCAGACACAAACGCACCCAUACAUCACACAUCAAGCAAGCUCGUCCAGAGUCCAGAGUCGCGCGCUGGUGACCAUGGACGCGCCGAGCGGCAACGCCAAGCGCAAGCGCUCGUCCGCCGAAGCCCCGGCCCCCGUCGGCGUCGAAGACGUAUCCGACACCGAGGUCGAGGAGUUCUACGCCAUACUCCGCCGCAUGCGGGACGCCUCCCGCCGGCUCGUCUCGGGCGGGGUCGCCGCCCCGGCUCCGGCCCCGCGCGCGCCGGCAUGGUGCCCCAGCUUCUCCUGGGAGGACUUCGCGCCGCCCGCCCCACCACCGCCGCCUCCAUCGCAGCAGCCCGCCGACGAGCGCGUCGCCGAGAACGCCACGCCGCCGCGGCGGCCCGUCCCCCGCGGCCUCGACCUCAACGCCGAGCCGGAGCCGGAGGUCACCCCCUCGUAGAGGCACGAGGACGACGACCCCUCGGACGGACGGACGGACGGACGGACGGACGGACAUGGGGGAGCUGGCCGGCGACGAUACUCUCCUCUCCCCUGUACCACCCACCGCCCGGCCGGUGCUUUUUUAGCAAACUGAUCAUCUUCAUCUGUUAAUUUACCUUACCACUUACCAGUGGUAAUUCGGUAUGUUUAAACGAUCA